UCACACAAUCUACACUGAAGUCCUGAAAGUGAAGAUCAGACAAAAGAUUCAUCAUGGCAGUCAUGAGAGCUCUUGUGCUUCUUUUCUUGGUCUUUUCUGUUGAGAAUGCAGCAGCUCAAGAGAAAUGCCCAAAUGGAUGGAGAUUUUUUGGUGGGCAAUGCUACAAAUUCUUUUCUCAGUCAGUUAACUGGGUCAGAGCUGAGAAAAACUGUCAAUCCGUUGGUGCAAAUCUUGCAUCAGUGCGCAAUACAGCGGAAAACAAAUUUCUCCUGAAUCUGCUUGUGUCUGCUAACACACCUGCUUGGAUUGGUGGUCAUGAUGGUGAAAUUGAUGGACAAUGGCUAUGGACUGAUGGAUCUCAAUUUGUCUUUACCAACUGGUGCUCUGGAGAACCUAACAAUAAAGGUCGUGCAGAGAACUGCCUGGAGAUAAACCUUACCACUAACCGUUGCUGGAAUGAUAUGCCCUGUUCAUACACACUGAGCUACAUUUGUGCCAAACCUCUGAGAUCAUGAAAAAUCAAUCUGUUUCAAAAGUACUAUGAUUGUACUGCAUGCCUAUACAUUUUUAUCUGAUAUUAUCAUUAAAAUAUCACUGUAAUUAUCUUUAAAAAUUACUGAACCUUCCUAAAAACUUCUAAAAUCAAUAAAAGCAUU